GGCAGAUCAUGGACAGAAUGGAGGGACACCUGGAGGUGGGCUCUACACUGGGACCAGGUGACCAGAGGGCCCUCAUUGACAACCCUGCAGACAUCUUGGUCAUCGCCGGGUAUUUCCUGCUGGUCAUUGGUGUCGGCCUGUGGUCCAUGUGCAGAACCAACAGAGCUACCGUUGGAGGCUACUUCCUGGCUGGACGAAGCAUGGUGUGGUGGCCGGUGGGGGCCUCUCUCUUUGCCAGCAACAUCGGCAGCGGCCAUUUUGUGGGCCUGGCUGGAACUGGAGCAGCAAGUGGCUUGGCUGUGGCUGGAUUUGAGUGGAAUGCCUUGUUCGUGGUGCUGCUCCUCGGCUGGCUCUUCGUACCAGUGUACCUGACGGCGGGCGUCAUCACCAUGCCCCAGUACCUGCGCAAGCGCUUUGGCGGCCACCGGAUCCGCCUCUACCUGUCUGUGCUCUCGCUGUUCCUCUACAUCUUCACCAAGAUUUCGGUGGAUAUGUUCUCUGGCGCUGUGUUCAUUCAGCAGGCCCUGGGCUGGAACAUCUACGCCUCCGUCAUCGCACUCCUGGGCGUCACUAUGAUCUACACCGUGACAGGGGGGUUGGCGGCGCUGAUGUACACGGACACUGUGCAGACCUUCGUCAUCCUGGCGGGUGCUUUCAUCCUCAUGGGUUACGCCUUCCAUGAGGUGGGCGGGUACUCAGGACUUUUCGACAAGUACUUGGGGGCCGUGACGUCGCUGACGGUGUCGGAGGACCCCGGCGUGGGCAACAUCUCCAGCUCCUGCUACCGACCGCGGCCCGACUCCUUCCACCUGCUGCGGGACCCGGUGUCAGGGGACCUGCCCUGGCCCGCGCUGCUCCUGGGGCUCACCAUCGUCUCGGGCUGGUACUGGUGCAGCGACCAGGUCAUCGUGCAGCGCUGCCUGGCGGGGAAGAACCUGACGCACAUCAAGGCGGGCUGCAUCCUGUGCGGCUACCUGAAGCUCAUGCCCAUGUUCCUCAUGGUGAUGCCGGGCAUGAUCAGCCGCGUCCUCUACCCAGUUCCCAGCCCAGGGCCCUUCCCCGCAGACGAGGUGGCGUGCGUGGCGCCCGAGGUGUGCCAGCGCGUGUGCGGGACGGAGGUGGGCUGCUCCAACAUCGCCUACCCGCGGCUGGUGGUGAAGCUCAUGCCCAACGGUCUGCGCGGGCUCAUGCUGGCAGUGAUGCUGGCGGCGCUCAUGUCCUCGCUCGCCUCCAUCUUCAACAGCAGCAGCACGCUCUUCACCAUGGACAUCUAUACGCGCCUGCGGCCCCGCGCCGGCGACCGCGAGCUGCUGCUGGUGGGCCGGCUGUGGGUGGUGUUCAUAGUGGCGGUGUCGGUGGCCUGGCUGCCCGUGGUGCAGGCGGCGCAGGGUGGGCAGCUCUUCGACUAUAUCCAGGCCGUGUCCAGCUACCUGGCGCCGCCCGUGUCUGCACUCUUCGUGCUGGCGCUCUUCGUGCCCCGCGUCAACGAGCAGGGCGCCUUCUGGGGGCUUAUCGGGGGCCUGCUGAUGGGCCUGGCGCGGCUCAUCCCCGAGUUCUCCUUUGGCUCCGGGAGCUGCGUGCGCCCCUCAGCCUGCCCCGCGCUGCUCUGCGGCGUGCACUACCUCUACUUCGCCAUCGUGCUCUUCGUCUGCUCGGGCCUGCUCACCCUAGUCAUCUCACUGUGCACCCCGCCCAUCCCCCGCAAGCACCUCCACCGCCUGGUUUUCAGUCUCCGGCACAGCAAGGAGGAACGGGAGGACCUGGACGCAGACGAGCAGAGCGGCGCCCCCUCAACCCCGGUUCAGAAUGGGCACCUGGAGCAGGCGGUGGAGAUCGAGGGUGAGGUCUGCCCGGGACUUGGGGUGGGGCAGGCAGAAGACCCUGCAACUAACUGGGCACCUCUCUGCUUCCCAGAGCCUCCGCCCGCAGCGCCCGGCCCCUUCCGCCGCUGCCUGCUCUGGUUCUGCGGGAUGAGCAGGGGUGGGGCAGGUGGCCCCCCGACCCUGACCCCAGAGGAGGCAGCUGAGGCGGCCAGGCGGCUGGAGGACAUCAGCGAGGACCCUAGGUGGGCCCGCGUAGUCAACAUCAACGCUCUGCUCAUGAUGGCCGUAGCCACCUUCUUCUGGGGCUUUUAUGCCUGAGGGGGGGAGGCAGCAGUUUUGUGGAUGCCAGGAACCGCUGCCAGGGCAGGGCUUAGCUCCAAGGAGUUGGGGGGCAGUGAGAGACAGGAGUGGAGGCCUGCCUCCCGAUUUGUCCCAGAGAGGAGUUCAGCCUCUCCGAGCGGCUUUGGUCAAUCAGUCACAGCAGCUCUGUCAGGCACAAAUAAAGCUGCCUUGCCCGUC